GCGCCGCGCCCCCGUUCCCGCCGCCGCAGCCUGGACGGCUUCGGCCUGCGCCUGCCGCGCGAGCUCGCCGAGCUGCCCGAGUGGGGUGAGGGCUACCCCUUCUACAUGGCCGUGGGCUUCCCGGGCUACGAGAUGUCGGCCGACGACCUGGCGGGCAAGUUCCAGUUCAGCAGGGGCAUGCGGCGCAGCUACGACGCGGGCUUCAAGCUGAUGGUGGUGGAGUACGCCGAGAGCACCAACAACUGCCAGGCCGCCAAGCAGUUCGGGGUGCUGGAGAAGAACGUCCGAGACUGGCGCAAGGUGAAGCCGCAGCUGCAGAACGCGCACGCCAUGCGCCGGGCCUUCCGCGGCCCCAAGAACGGGCGCUUCGCCCUGGUGGACCAGCGCGUGGCCGAGUACGUGCGCUACAUGCAGGCCAAAGGGGACCCGAUCACCAGGGAGGCCAUGCAGCUGAAGGCCCUGGAGAUCGCGCAGGAGAUGAACAUCCCGGAGAAGGGCUUCAAGGCCAGCUUGGGCUGGUGCCGCCGGAUGAUGCGCAGGUACGACCUGUCGCUGCGGCACAAGGUGCCGGUGCCGCAGCAGCUGCCCGAGGACCUGACCGAGAAGCUGGUCACCUACCAGCGCAGCGUGCUGGCCCUGCGCCGGGCGCACGACUACCAGGUGGCGCAGAUGGGCAACGCCGACGAGACGCCCAUCUGCCUGGAGGUGCCGUCGCGCGUGACCGUGGACAACCAGGGCGAGAAGCCGGUGUUGGUCAAGACGCCGGGCAGGGAGAAGCUGAAGAUCACGGCCAUGUUGGGCGUGCUGGCGGACGGGCGCAAGCUGCCGCCCUACAUCAUCCUGAGGGGCACGUACAUCCCGCCCGGCAAGUUCCCCAGCGGCAUGGAGAUCCGCUGCCACCGCUACGGCUGGAUGACGGAGGACCUGAUGCAGGACUGGCUGGAGGUGGUGUGGCGGCGGCGGACGGGUGCGGCGCCCAAGCAGCGCGGCAUGCUGAUCCUGAACGGCUUCCGCGGCCACGCCACGGACUCGGUGAAGAGCUCCAUGGAGAGCAUGGACACCGACAUGGUCAUCAUCCCCGGGGGCCUCACCUCGCAGCUGCAGGUGCUGGACGUGGUGGUCUACAAGCCGCUCAACGACAGCGUCCGCGCGCAGUACUCCAACUGGCUUCUGGCCGGGAACCUGGCCCUGAGCCCCACCGGCAACGCCAAGAAGCCGCCCCUGGGCCUCUUCCUGGAGUGGGUCAUGGUCGCCUGGAACAGCAUCUCCAGCGAGUCCAUCGUCCAGGGCUUCAAGAAGUGCCACAUCUCCAGCAAUCUGGAAGACGAGGAUGACGUCCUGUGGGAGAUCGAGAGCGAGCUCCCGGGAGGAGGGGAGGCGCCCAGAGAAUGCGACACGGACCCUGCGGCGGAGGCCAACUGACAGCCGAGGGCAGCCGAGCAAAUGGAACUUUUUGAAACAGGUGAGGACGAAAGUCCUCCAGAAGAUUCCUCGAAGUGUGGCUGCACAGGGAGCAGCAGAAGGCCACAGGGCUCGCAGCAAGCCCGUGUCUGGACAGCAGCCUGUGCACGCCAUCCUGCGACGUAGCCCCACCCUGCCCCACAUGCACAAAGUGUCAGAAAAGGUGUCUGGGACCCUUGAUUUCAGCAGAGACAUGAUUAGGGAAGAAACGGCUUCUGCCCCAUUUUUUUUUUGUUUUAAGAGAUGAAUCCAUGUGUCCAUCAAAAACACUCUGUAAAUACGAAUGAACAAAGGUAUUUCCUGGAGAAGAGACCAUUUGUUCAACACCAACAAGAGACUCAGAUGGGCCCAACUCCACUGGUGUCCUUUCUGUGGAGCACGCCUCAAGUAAACGUUUUCUUCGGCCUUUAAAAAUGCCUGCAAGAGUAGAGCGUGCACCCGCACAGGUCAAGACUGCACAGAAGGCUUUGUGGCAGUGAGCCCUUUACGUACACCUGCUACCUACGUAUUUGCUCUUUGGGAAAAAUGGGAUACUAAUGGUAACAAAAUUCAGAUAUGCUGGCCUGGUGCCAGCAGAUGGCUUUUCUACAGACAAACUUGGUUACAGGAAGGUACAGGUUAAAAUAAACUGUGCUGUUUUAUUUAUCUUCCCAAUCUGGUUGGCAGCUAGAAUUUUUUAGGAUCUUCUUUAAUGGCUCUAUUUGUCAUUAUACUUAAUGAUAGGGCAGCAUUUAGUACACGAGCUCUUCUGUUUCUCAGGCUGCCUGCAGAAGUCACCAUAAAUUAUCUGCUGUCUACAUGGUACAAGGCUCAUUGACUCAUCUGAUACUUGUUUUGUUGAUUUCUUUAAUAUUUUUAUCACAGGGGUAUGAGAGGACAUGGGCCUUUAGCCACAGCUGUUUCAAGACUUCUAAUCUCCUUCUACCCUGCAGGAAUAGAUGGGAGGUCUUUGACUUUUUACAUUAUAGUAAUUUGCAUUCCCACAUAAGUUGUUACGAAAACAUUCCUUCCAAGCUAUCCAUGCUACAAAAACUAUGCCAGACCUUACAGACAAAGCCAUUGCUCGAAAUGUCAUUCCAAUAUCAGAUCUGAGUAACGGACUACCGUAACCACUUUUCCUCCCUGUAAACUCAGCUCAUUUAUAUAUUAUACUGUUCUUGGCACCUUGAAACACCUAUUUCUACUCAGGUACUCAUUUUCCGAUUAGUGAUUCACCUUUCUCAUAUUUUUAAAACCAGUUUUCCUCCAAGGGCAGAAGGGGAUAUUUCACUUCGUUUCUGGUAUCUGAAUAACUUUCAGUAUUUGAAUGGUUUCCCCAUUUGCUUUCACCCGUACUGAAUUGUUAUCUCAAAUGGCAUCCAAAUCCAGCUACUUUUCAUUCCAGAAGUUUCCAUCCCCUCCACUUUGAUUUAAUUUAUCCUCCACUCUUUAUGUCCUGUUUUACUUGUUUUGGGAGCUUCCGUGAUUUUAUAAGACCUAAUUUUGGGUUCCUGCACUGGAGCCAUAGUUUUCUUACAGUGAAGAGUAGAAAAUGGGUUCAACUCCUAUUUCAUUCCACCAACACCUUUUUGAGUCUCAUCAUCAGCUGACAGAUGAUGCCUUACAGGUUGCAUAGCACUGGAACUUUCCUAGAGUAAUGGCUCUACUGUCAGGGUUUUUCUGGGCUCAUUCUUCCACUGACUUAAUUAUGAUCUAUGCUUACCAGAGUCCCAGUACACCUAUGUUGCAGAACGGCUAUUACCUAGAAUUACCAUAGCACAUACUGAGACAUAGUUGUACUCCCCAGUAGAUAGAAAUUGACCCCAACAAUAAACUUUGAUAAUAAAGACAA